CAUCAGAGGCAGCGGGCGCAGCAGGGGGCAGCACAUCCCCUGGCCCAGCUUUUCGACAAGGCGGACAACUUCUACGGCCUGCAGAGACGGGACUUCGCGCAGCUCCAGAAUCAGCAGAUGUCCAUCGGGAUGGUCCAAACACUGGAGCCAGCCGCGAUGCGAGCGACUCUCAGGAACAUGCAGGGCAUAGCGGCGCUCGAGAGCACGGCGUUCAUGAACGCGCACAUUCAGGCGGACCACGCUGCCAGCCAGGCGAUGCAGUUGACAGGCAAGUAUUUCGUCCAGGAGGCCACCCGCCUGCGCCGCGACCACACAUGGGAUAUUCGAGCAGGCAACCCAGUGGAGGCACCGGAAAAGCUGGGGGCCUAUGUGGAUCGGGCGCAGGGAGACCCGACGCUCGCGAGUGCCUCGCUCGCCCAGCAAGUCAAGCACCGCCGAGUGUUCUAUACCUGCGACAAGAGUGCGACGAAGAUAUUCAUCGAAGCCAGAGAUACGGAGACCCAGACGGAGGUGCUGGCCGCGCUCGUCCAGCUGGGAGCGAAAAUCAUGAAGGGGACGCCGCCGAAGUCGCAUCAGGAGAGGCCCCCUGCA